UAAUAUUGAGUUAUUUGAUAUUGAAAUAGUGGAUAAAGAUAAUAAUAUUGAUCAAUUAGAUGAGUUUUUAAAUAAGAACAAUAAUAACAAAAAGACAAAUAAUAAUAAAGAAUAUAACUUGUCUUAUAUUUCAAAAAUAGAAUUUAGUAAAUAUCUUCAAGAAUAG